AUGACGUCCUUCUAUCCGCAACUAGCGCAUGAGAUAUGGCAAGCAUCACGCGCUCAAACGAGCGUACAAGUCCUACGAAGUGAAGCAGAUCCAUCCUACACAAGCUCCUCGCGCAAUACAACGCGUAUCUGCGCCCUUGAAGCGCGUAAACAAGACAAGGACACAGCAAUCGCUCGGUUCGGUGAUCGAUGGAUCCGUCCGUUUGGAUGCAGCAAGACGUUGGCACAGCAAGAGGAGGAGGCAGGUGAGGUGAGCGCGUCGUAUGAGCAGUAUCAGGAUGAGGAUGGUGAAGCGAUGGAGGGUGAGGAGGAGGAGAUUUUGACGGAGAUGGACGAGCAUGAGCAUGACUUGGAUGGAUCUGUUGAGCAUGGCGCGAGCUUUGAUAUGGAGUCGAGCUAUGAAGAAGACGAACCUCCGCAGGAACAGCACCAGCAGCAGCAGGCUGCGCAGGAGGAAGGCAUACUCAGUGCCGAAGAGGCAUCAGAUCACUCGUACGACAGUGCCUGA